AUGGCCCUCCUGUUUGGUGUACUGCUGCUGCUGGGGCUUUGUGGGAAUAUCAUCUCAGAAAACACUUCUGAGGCAUUGGAUUAUGAAUUGCCUACAUCCAAAUAUGAGACCGAAGACACCUACAGUCCCGGGCCCAUUAGUGUUCUCUUCCAAAUGGUGCGCAUAUUCAUCUACAUAGUGCAGCCUGGAGAGUUCCCUGAAGACUCCAUCAGAAAAUUUAUACGGAACAAAUUUGAAGUCUCAGCUGUUUAUGACGAGCCAGAAAACAUAGUCUUGAUCCUGAAGAUCGCCCACUAUGAGAUCGGCGUUAUCCUGUGCAUUAUCCUGGGAGUGUUAUUUAUCAUUCUGCUACCUGUGGUGGGUUGUAUCUUCGCCAUAUGUCGUUGCUGUAACAAAUGUGGUGGGAAAAUGCACCAGCGUCCGAAGGAGAAUGCGCCCUUCCAGAGGAGGUGCCUUGCAAUCUCCCUCCUGGUGAUUUGCGUGCUCGUAAGCAUUGGAAUCAUCUACGGCUUCGCAGCCAACCACCACGUGAGACACCGCAUCAGAAAGUCUCAGAAGCUGAUAGACAGCAACUUGAAAGACCUGCGAACCCUCGUGAAUGAAGCGCCACAGCAAAUUGACUAUAUCGUGGACCAGUUCAACACCACCAAAGAGAAGGCCUUCUUAGAUCUGGACAAUAUUCAUUCGUUGCUGGGAGGUGGAAUUCUCGAGAGACUAAAGCCUAAGGUGAUCCCUGUUCUUGAUGAGAUCCAGGUCAUGGCGAAAGCAAUUAAAGAAACCAAGGUGGCCCUGGAGAACAUGAACCAGAAUUUUAAGAGCCUGAGGGAUGGAAGCCAACAGCUCAGCAACAGCCUCUCUGCUGUGAAACAAAACAUGCAGAAUUCUCUGCAAGGCCCUGAGUGCCUUCUUCCACAAGUGAGUGACAUCUGCAAGAACAUUGAGUCGUCUCUGAGCCAGCUGGAGGGCAACCCCGAAUUGAGCAAGCUCCCAUCUAUGGACACAGAACUUCAAAAUAUUAAUAAUGUUCUCAGAAAUGAUUUGGAUGCCAUGGUCCAAAAGGGCUACCAAUCCUUUAAUGACAUUCCUAAGAGGGUGCAAGUCCAAACCACGAACAUCGUAGCAGAAAUCAAAAAGCUCUUAAAUACCGUGGGUUCCAACGUCAAGGAUGCAACCAAAGAUAUUCCUAUUCAGAAGUCCUUGUCAGAGUUCAAUAGUCACAUGGAUGAGAUUGAAAAAGAAAUCAAACAGAAUUUGCAUCGGGCAGAAGAAGUUGACUCCUACUGGUGGCUGUGUAGCCUGAUUUCCUGCUUUCUGCUGUUACUCAUCGUGAUUUUUUUUUACCUGGGCUUGCUGUGUGGCGUCUACGGCUAUGACAAGCACGCUACCCCAACCACCAGAGGCUUUGUAUCCAACACGGGAGGCAUCUUCCUCAUGGUUGGAGUUGGAUUCUGUUUCCUAUUUUGCUGGAUAGUGAUGAUCCUUGUGGUUCUUUCUUUUGUUCCUGGUGUGAAUAUGGAAAAACUGAUCUGUGAACCUUAUGCAAAUGGGAAGAUAUUCCAGAUUUUGGACACCCCCUACUUACUAAACAAGGAAUGGAAAUACUACAUCUCUGGCAUGGUUCUUAAAAAACCAGAUAUUGAGCUCACUUUUGAACAAAUUUACAGCGAUUGCAAAAACAACAGAGGAAUUUAUUCCACACUUCAACUCGAGAACCUCUUCAAUAUCAGCGAGAGUCUCAACAUUCACAAGCAUACUGACAACAUAAACAAUCGACUUGAACGUCUGGAUAUAAAACUUGGUGGCAUUGUUCUUCUGAAUGAGGAAGGAAAAAACAACCUCAAGGAAUUCUCUAAUAGUGGGAUAGACAAUAUAGAUUAUGACACCCUCUUGGCUCAGAGUAAAACCUCUCCUGGGAAAGUGAAUCUUUUAUCAUUUUCAUAUGAUCUUGAUACAAAAGCAGACCGUUUGCCCCCCGGACAAUUAAAGCACUCCAUGAACUCAGAAGCGCAAACUAUUAGAAAAAUUCACCAGGAUCAAGUCCUUCCCAUGGAGAAGACACAGGAUGAUGUACAAAAAAAUAUCAAGAUACUUCAACACACAAGUGGGGGACUAAAGGAGAAAGUGACCAAGAUUCUGCAAUCUUUGGAUUCUGUUCAGAUCUUCAUAACAAACGAUAUUUCCUCCGUUAUUGUGGAAGAAACGAAGAAAUUUGCGAAAAAAAUCUUACGAUAUUUUGAACACUACCUAGAGUGGGUGGAGCUGGCUGUCACUGAGAAGAUGGUGCCCUGCAAGCCUGUGGCCACCGCCAUGGAUUCUGCUUUUAAAGUGAUUCUGUGUGGCUUCAUUGUGGACCCUCUGAAUUUGUUUUGGUUUGGCAUAGGGAAAGCUACUUUUCUUUUACUACCGGCUCUAAUCAUCGCUGUGAAGCUGGCCAAGCACUACCGCCGCAUGGAAUCAGAGGAUGUAUAUGAAGACUCGUUACAAUAUUAUUUCUGAGGUUGAAAUCGCUUGAGCAUCAAGACACACAACGUAGAAGGAAUGAGACUGUUGGUAAAUCUGGGUCUUCGAGAACUUUCCAAAUUCAGGAGGAGCUCUGGUGGCAACACAGUGACUCAAGGGGACUUCUUGAUCUCUGGAUAGAGCUUUGUUAGGAAUGAACACAGUCACGUUCCUAGUCCAUGUGUCCAUCACUAUUCAAGGAUAAUCUUCUCUCCUGUUUAUUAUUUUUUUUUAAUACUGAAUUUCUAUUUAGAUACCAUACCAUAUGGGUUUGGGCACAUUUCUGGGUCAAACAGUCCAUCCAAUAUUAAUACUGAGAUUCUAAUUUACUCGCAUAGGUAGAGUGUGCUGGACACAUACAGUUUACAGAAAAUGUGUAUUUUGUGUAUAGUAGAUUGUAUAUACACCUUUGCCACAGCUAGGGUUUUUUUAAACAAAUGAGUAUUGUAAGGUUUUUCUUCUAAAUGAGCUUACUAUCGGGUCAGUGUUGAUUUAUUGGUGCUGUUGAAAAUAAUCCAUUUUCACUAAAAGUAUGUGAAACCUACAGCAUGUCCUUCACCUAGGAUUUGCAUCCACUUUGUCAAUGAAUGGUCACGGUGUUUGGGAACAGAAUACAAAAGCAGUCCCAGAGUACCCCCACUCUAUUACAGUAACAAGUUCAAAACAGAGAGAUCUUGAGAGAAGGAAUGCUGUUUGGCAGAGGGUGGAGAUGUUUGAACAGAUGCCAAGUGCAGUGUACACUUAAUCUUCUGAUUCAGGAUGAGAAUCAUCUGGAUGUCAUCUGAUUAUUGUGAGAGGGGACUCUGAAGCGAAACAGGGGAAGACCCUGUCAUGGUUCUUAGAUUUUGGGUGUCCAACAUGAAUAAAGCCUUCAUGCUUGGUCCUUAGAAAUAUAUGAAAGCAUGAGUCAGUAUCUGUUUGUUUUGGGUUACUCACAUUGUCUUUGCCUUUUUCAAAAGUGAUGGGCAAUGAAAUACUGUCAAACCAAAGUAGCAGUGAUGUCAUGCAUGACAUUCAAGAUGUGGGCUUUGUACCAGGUCUUUUGAGUGAAGAUCACUGUCCUGAUUUAUUUCAAUAAAAGGGGGCUUGGAAAUUGCA